CCAUUUUCGUCGUCCUCAUGACUCCGGCUUUGUCCUCCUCCUCCUCCUCCUCCUCCUCCUCCGCCGCCGCCGCCUCCCAGCGGCUUUUCCGCUGCACUGCUUCGCUGCGGCGAACUCACGCGCCUCACCGCUCUCCUUCCAUGUCUCCUCCGCCGAGGAAGCUGAAACUAAUGGCGGAGAUAAUGGUCAAGGCUAAGUAUGCGGUUAUCGAACGGGACGAUUACGACGACGUCAGGUGUGAGAAAUGUCGCUCCGGCGACCGGGACGAUGAGCUGCUGUUGUGUGACAAAUGCGAUAAGGGAUUUCAUAUGAAAUGUGUGAGUCCGAUCGUUGUUAGGGUCCCGAUUGGAUCCUGGCUUUGCCCCAAAUGCUGUGGCCAAAAAAGAGUCAGAAGUUUUUCUCAGAAGAAGAUUAUCGAUUUUUUCCGAAUUCAGAAAUGUAAAGACGCAGAAUCUCCAUAUCUAUCCGCUCAAGCUAUAAAGCAUAGGAGACGACUACGGUCAUUGGUGUGGCAGAAGAAAAGGAGAAGAUUACUAUCAUUUCUUCCAAGUGAAGAUCCUGAUCGCAGAUUGAAACAGAUGGGUUCACUUGCUACAGCUCUAACAACAUUGCAAAUGGAGUUCAGUGAUGAUCUGACGUAUUUGCCGGGCAUGGCUUCAAGAUCUGCUAACCAGGCAGAGCUUGAAGAUGGUGGAAUGCAGGUUCUUUCCAAAGAGGAUAUUGAGACCUUUGAACUCUGCAGAACCAUGAGCAGAAGAGGCGAAUGUGCUCCCCUUUUGGUAGUUUUUGAUACAUGUGAAGGUUUUACUGUACAAGCCGAUGAUCAAAUUAAGGAUAUGACUUUUAUUGCUGAAUAUACUGGUGAUGUCGAUUAUCUUACGAACCGCGAACACGAUGAUUGUGAUAGUAUGAUGACCCUUCUUUCAGCCAAACAUCCAUCUAGAAGUCUUGUCAUCUGCCCUGACACACAUGGAAACAUUGCUCGCUUCAUCAAUGGAAUCAAUAAUCAUACUCCAGAAGGUAAGAAGAAACAGAACUGUAAAUGUGUGAGAUACAAUGUUAAGGGCGAAUGCCGUGUGAUUUUGGUUGCUAUUCGGGAUAUUGCUAAAGGAGAGAGGCUUUAUUAUGACUACAAUGGAUAUGAGUAUGAAUACCCCACUCAUCAUUUUCUCUGAGAAUUUCUUAGGAUACGUCUAACAACUUUGGGAUUUAAUUUGUCUGUCCCAUACAGUUUUUUCACCAUUUUUUCUUCUUCUUCUGCUGAAUCUUGUUGCAAAGUCAACAGUUGUUGCUGAUUCUACCAAAGUAAUUUGUAUUGCAUUCCCUCGGCCGAGGUCGAGGCUCGGACCAACCAGGCCCGGGAGGAGGAGGGGGGAGGAAUGCCAGAUUUUUCCCAAGAUUUGGUAGUGAAGGAUGAAGUUCUGUUAGGUAUAUUACUGUAAUACAAUUGUGAGAUAAAUGUGCUUUCAUUUCUUGUGAAAAGUGAUUGCUUGUUACUCCAUUCCUACUUUUCUCCCAUUUAAGUUUCUUUUAUCC